AUGGUGGAUAACAAUCCGUCCUCUGAUUCGCCUGACGAGACACCGAACCCUGACCCUGAUGGGAAUGCUUCUCCCGAGAAUGACCCCGUGCUUGAUGCAGACGCCAAGAAGCUUCAGGAGUCUCUCUUGCCCGGGAUGAGGCACAAGUUUUGGGAAACACAACCUGUCGGGCAAUUCGAGGAUACCGGAGAUACUAGUCUUCCCGAAGGUCCCAUAGAACCACCUACCCCGUUAUCUGAAGUGAAGCAAGAACCCUACAACCUUCCUAAUCUUUAUGAAUGGAUCACUUGCGAUAUUGAUUCGGAAGAGACGUGCGCUGAGGUUUGUAAUCUUCUAAACCAUAACUACGUAGAGGACGAUAAGAACAUGUUCCGGUUCGCUUAUUCGAAGGAGUUCCUUCGCUGGGCGCUCCGCCCUCCUGGUUACUGCAAGAGCUGGCACAUUGGCGUCCGUGUCAAGAGCUCAAAAAAAUUGGUUUCUUUCAUUGCCGGUGUACCUGCAAGAAUUCGUGUUCGUGACAAUGUUGUCGCCAUGGCCGAGAUCAAUUUCCUGUGUGUUCAUAAGAAGCUCAGAUCUAAAAGACUUGCCCCUGUCAUGAUCAAAGAGGUCACCAGGAGGGUUCACCUCGAAAACAUCUGGCAAGCAGCUUAUACUGCUGGAGUGGUCCUUCCAACGCCAAUUUCGUCCUGCCUAUACUGGCAUAGAUCUUUGAACCCAAAGAAGCUGAUUGAUAUUGGGUUUUCUAGACUUGGGGCAGGGAUGACAAUGAGUCGAACAAUCAAGCUGUACAAGUUACCAGAUUCAACAUCCACCCCAGGGUUCAGAAAGAUGGAGCUUCAUGACGUUCCUGCAGUCACACGUCUCCUAAGGAGUUACUUGAACCAAUUUGAAGUCGCCCCCGACUUCGAUGAAAAUGACGUGGAGCAUUCGUUUCUUCCUAAGGAGAAUGUUGUUGACAGUUAUGUGGUGGAAAGCCCUGAAUCUCAUAAGAUUACUGAUUUCUGCAGCUUCUACAGUCUUCCUUCGUCUAUCCUGGGCAAUCAGAAGUACUCAAUUCUCAAGGCAGCUCACUCUUUCUAUAAUGUUGCCACAGAGACUCCUUUGCUUCAGCUGAUGAAUGACGUUCUUAUUGUGGCCAAGCAAAAGGACUACGACGAGUUCAAUGCGUUGGAUGUCAUGCAAAAUGUCACCUUCUUCGAGGAAUUGAAAUUUGUGCCCCUUGACGGGAACCUCCACUACUACCUCUACAAUUAUCGGUUAAGAAAUGCAUUGAAGCCAAUGGAGCUCGGCCUAGUGCUUGUGUAA